UAGCCGAAUUUUUUCUUAUCCAGCACACCAAAAUGAUCCGAGGCAAUCCUUUUCCUUAAACGGCAACAGUGGCAACCCUGCCAUCUUUGUGCAUUCCGAGCCGAGCCACAAAUUUCCACAAGUCAUCGGCCUUCAGCAUUCAAGUCAGCCUUCAACUGAGAAAAAAGUUAAUUGUAAGCUGCAAAUUUAAGAUGAAUUCCAAUUGGCGUGAAGAAUACAUUCGCAAGUCGGUUGGCUACUAUGUUUCAUCCAAAAGCAGCCCCGAGGACAAUUCGACUCCCAAUGUGCAGGCGGUGGAGGACAAGCCGUACUUUGCCAGCAACAUUGCGCACUAUCCGCACUUGCAACCGACCAACCUCACCUGGGUUCCUGACCACCUAAGCUACGCGGAUCUGAAGGAGGCCGUGGACAAGGGCUUCGACCCGAAGCAGUUGCGCCCCAAGAACAUACCCUGGUCCAAGCUCAAAUCUGAGAGCAAUACUCUCUUCGAUUGGCCGAAAUACACUCGGACUGGAGGCCAGUAUGCCCAUGGCAAUGCAAAUGCCAAUGCCAUGCAGAAGAAGAAGCAGGAGAAUUUGCGUCCGCCAAAUGGGACGACCAGUCGGUGACAAAAACUCCUCUACUUCGCCAAAGCCGGUUCAAAAUCAGUCCUUGGGGCUUACCGUAACCCCCCAGCAACUCGCUUUUCAUGGAUUGUACCUAUAUGUAUUAAAACUAAAUAGAAAUAAUAAAGAAAUACAAUAACAAUGUAA